CUCCUGGGAAGCAAACACGUGACUGGGGUAUGUCAGUGCUCCGCUCCCGGCUGUCUCCCCGUACUGUCACCGGUCCCGUCCGUGCCCUCAUGUCUCUCUCUGCAGCCGCCGCCCCCCAGCUGCCCGGCACCGUACUGGGCACCAUGGAGUUCGGGAGGCGGAUGGACGAGAAGUGCAGCGGUGAGACGGUGCGGGACUUUCUCAGGCGCGGCCAUGAGGAGUUGGACACGGCGCUAAUGUACGCGGAGGGAGAGACGGAGCGGAUACUGGGGCGAAUGGAACUCGGCUCCCAAGUCAAAAUGGCAACCAAAGCAAAUCCCUGGGGAGGGAAUACCCUGAAGCCCGAGAGUGUGCGCCAACAACUGGAGAAGUCUCUUCAGCAACUGCAAACUCCCAGCGUCCAUCUCUUCUACCUGCACGCGCCCGAUCACCAAACUCCCGUAGAGGAGACCCUGGGCGCUUGCCAACAGCUGUACCAGGAGGGCAAGUUCAAGGAACUGGGGCUGUCCAAUUAUGCUGCCUGGGAGGUGAUGGAAAUUUACUGCAUUUGCAAACAGAGGAAUUGGGUGCUGCCCACUGUGUACCAGGGCAUGUACAAUGCAACCACAAGGCAAGUGGAGACAGAGCUUCUGCCCUGCCUGAGGCAACUGGGAAUGAGGUUCUAUGCCUACAACCCACUGGCUGGGGGGCUGCUGACCGGGAGGUACAAGUACGAGGAUAAAGAGAAGGAACAGGCCUCGUGCAGAUUUUUUGGAAACAGCUGGGCAGAAGUCUACAGGAACAGAUACUGGAAGAAACAUCACUUUGAUGCCAUUGAUCUGGUGCAGAACUCCCUGCAGGAGGCAUACGGGUCAGAGAGGCCUAGCCUGACGUCUGCCGCUCUCCGAUGGAUGUACCACCACUCCAAACUGCAGGGCAGCCUCGGCGAUGCAGUGAUCCUGGGAAUGUCCAGUACGGAGCAGUACAAGCAGAACAUGGCGGGGCUGGAAGGGGGGCCCCUACUCCCACCAGUUGUGGCAGCUUUCAACGAAGCCUGGAACCUGGUCGCCCACGAAUGUCCUAAUUAUUUCCGCUAAUCACAGCCUUAUCACUAGGGUAACGGCGGCCUGAUCUGAUUGGCCAGCUGCUGAUUUCAGUUGAUUCCUAGGGAUUUGCACUAAAUGCUUUAUUUUUGCACCGGAAGUGGGAACUGGGUGCACUGGGAGUUGGACCUGGGUGGGAGGUGCAGCCUCAGAACCGAACCCCAGACCCAAUAGUUGCUGGAAAUCUCAAUAAAUAGUUUCUAAUUCUAA